AAAAGGAAUAUCAUUCCAACAAUCUGCAGCACUGACACAUGCAGUGUUCCUAAUUUAAAGGGCUUAGUGUUGGUAUGUUGCCAUACCGAAGUCUACAUGACUCUGGCCCAGUCAACAAGAGACAAAAACCAAUCAUGUCUGAAGGACAGAAAAAGUCAAAGAUCUCUGCAUCUCGCAGACUGGCUCUCAAGACCAAGCUACUGAAAACUGCAGCUGUGAUGUUAGAGAAGGAGAAGGAGGAAAAGAAGUUGGAGAGAGAAGCCACUUUGGGUGAGAGAGUCCCUCUACUUCAACUGUCUGGUUUGUCCGUACAGGACCUUCAGGCUCUGUGCAAGGAUCUGCAUCAUAAGAUCGAUGUCGUAGAUGAAGAGCGCUACGACAUUGAUGCCAAAGUGACAAAAAAUUACAAGGAGAUUGAAAAUCUGUCUCAGAAGAUCUUUGAGCUGAAGGGUAAAAUGAAGCGACCUUCUCUCAAGAGGGUGAAGAUCUCAGCUGAUGCCAUGCUGGGAGCUCUGCUGGGCGCUAGAGUCAAAGAGUCUGUGGACUUUAAGGCCAACCUAAAGACUGUGAAGAAAGAGGAGGAGAAGAAAGAGGAGGUGACUGACUGGCGUAAAAACGUGGAGGCCAUGUCUGGUAUGGAGGGCAGGAAGAAGCUGUUUAAUGCUGGGCAGUAGAGUUUAUAUUGAUGGACAUUUUAAAUACAAAUGCUGUUUUGCAAGAAAAGAGAGGGAAAUAAAGUUACUCUCACUGCUUACAAUUGUCGACAAUGUAUGCAUAAGUGUGUAUAAGUAUAUAUAGUGCAUGUGUAGACCAUUUGCAAUAUGCAAAAAUAUUGAAAUUCAAAGAAAAUUUGUAUAUUUUGCACAUAAAUCGGGUUGCAUUCAGUUGUCAUUUUGUGGUUUUGUCAUUUUUUAAAUGGUCUACACUUACAUUACAGAGCAUAUAGUGAGAUUUGCUGUGUGUCUUAAAAUGCCUGGUUUAUGUCCUCAUAAUAAAUACCUCUAAUCAACACAAAAA